GCCAACAAAACCCAGCACAUGGUUAAACCCCAAAAGCCCCCCCCCCCAGGUCCUGCGUCUGUUGGAAAGCAAAGCAAGCAAUGGCGGAUGUUACUAGUACGAAGCAGAGCGAGGCAGCCGAGAAAGUCGACUACCGCAACCUGCCCUGCCCCAUACCCUAUGAAGAAAUCCACCGCGAAGCCAUGAUGUCUUUAAAGCCAGACCUUUUUGAGGGGAUGCGCUUUGACUUCACCAAAGGACUAAAUCACAAGUUCUUCCUUAGCCACAGUGUAUUCAUGGGACCUACAACCAUUCCUUCUCAAACUCCUGAAACCAUAAAAAUCCCUACUGCUAACUAUGAGUUUGGUGCAAAUUUCAUAGACCACCCAAAGUGCCUGCUUUCUGGGAGAGUAAUGACAGAUGGAAGACUCAGUGCAAGAGUGAAGUAUGACUUGAGUGACAAUUUCACUUUGAAGGCUAAUGCUCAGCUUACAAAUGAGCCACAUAUGUCUCAUGGCAUUGUCAAUGUUGAUUACAAGGGUUCAGACCACAGAGCCCAAGUUCAGAUGGGAAAUGGGACCCUAAUUGGGGCGAAUUACGUCCAGUCUGUGACUCCACAUUUCUCUUUGGGUGGCGAAGUAUUUUGGGCUGGUCAGCAUCGAAAAUCGGGUAUCAGUUAUGGGGCACGAUUCAACACUGACAAGAUGGUUGCUACGGGGCAGGUUGCUAGCACUGGAAUGGUUGCAUUGAACUAUGUCCAGCGAGUGUCUGAGAAGGUUUCACUAGCAUCAGACUUCAUGUACAAUUACAUGUCAAGCGAUGUCACAGCAAGUUUUGGCUAUGAUUACAUUUUCAGACAGAGUCGUAUUAGAGGAAAGAUUGAUACCAAUGGCUGCACAGCUGCUUUUCUGGAAGAGAGAUUAACUAUGGGUCUUAAUUUUAUUCUUUCUGCAGAGAUAGAUCACAUGAAGAAAGACUACAAAUUUGGGUUUGGGAUGACAGUUGGAGAAUAGAUAUAGGCUGUGAAUCUGUACUCCCAAAUCUUAUAUGAUUCUGGCAUUUUUCCCUUGGUCGAGUUACAGUUUUGUGUAGAGGAAGAGGUUCUCAAAUAGCCAAUAUUGUUUCCUUUUCUGCUGGUAUUCACUAUUCCAAAGGAAAAAAAACGAAAAGGAGAGCAAAGUACUACUCUCAACAUUGUAAAGUUU